AUGUUUGUAGUUAAUCGUUUCUAUAUAUGUAUGUGUAUCUCUCUUGUCCAUGGAUUCAUACCUCAUCCAGCAGUUCGACUUGGUGGACAAGCCGGAGAAAGCAUAACACAUACAGAACAAGCACAGUUGGGAUUUAUUCGAAGUCUUACUCGAUUCUUUCUCGAUAGUCAAAAUGAGAAAGGUGAAAAUACAGAUAAGUUUCAAGGUGAACAUACAAUUGAUCAGCUGUACCAAAUCGUUCAUCCUGAUUGGACAAAUGAACAAGUGAAAUUACAUUCAUAUCCAUUGAAAAGGAUUGUUGAUACAUUUCAAAUGACGGAUGCUUUAGUUGACUUAAGUCCAUCAACGAAGAAUCUACCAGCUGCCCAUUUUGAUAGUGAAUCAUUUGCAGAAAGCAAUCAUCGAUUGAUGCAAUUGAGAAAGAAAAUUGUCGAUGAUGCCAAUAAUCCGACGAUUAACUUAGAAAAAGCUCGCGAAAGAAUUGGAAGUUAUCUACAUACUCUCCAAGACUUUUAUUCGCAUUCAAACUGGAUAGAAAUGGGAAAGACAGUUAUUAAUGAUCGUCUCGGUCUACAAGAAGACAUUGGUCCAGUAGCUGGAAUUGAACAAGCAACGUGUACUAGUACAGGCUGUAAAAAGAUUCAGUCACAGUGUAAUCUUCUGCAGAAAAUCAUCCUUCAUAAAUGUCCCAUGGAGUAUUAUGAUUGCCGAAAUAAUAUUUUAGAUGAUGUUAAUAAACAAGGCCUACUCACAAGUGGUUACAUGUCAAAUCAAUUUAAUGGAAAAGACGAGCCAGUUAUAAAACCAACCAGUGUGGUGAAAUGUUCCCAUGGUUCUGUUAUGGAUAAAACAUCCCAUCAAGAAGCGAUUGGUGGAAUCAAUAAAGAUACGAUGACGCCGGUUUAUUCUCCACAUUUCUAUCUACAUUUAGAUGCAGCUAAAUUAGCUAUUGAUGCUACUGAACGGUUUUUCAAUGAUUUACGUAAGGAUAUAGGUGACGAUAAUUUCGACCGUCUCUUUGCAAUUAAUCCAACGGAUGAACAGUUGGAAAAAGCAAAAAAAUCUUUAGCAGAACGAGAACAGUUCCAUUUUCUUACAUCGACGUUAUCAAUUGGUUUGAGCACUAGUGAUUUAAAUUUCGAAAAGACUGUUAAACAACGUUUACAAGAGAUUCUUUCGAUACUUUUUAACAUCAAAGAUCCAACUCUACCAACGUACGAUCUUAGCGAUUAUGGUGUAGACAAAACUGAUGGCAACAUUCAUUCUGGCUCACUCUUGAUUGAUGGAUCGAAGAAAGUAAAACGUAGGUACAUGACUCGACACAACCAUGGCUUGUAA